GGCCCAUAUUCCAUUCUUACCUCUCUCUACCUCUCUAUCUCUCUCUCCUCAUAAUCGAUCCGUAAACUCGCCGGAGGAGCAGGGAGAUUCAAUAAGACGAUGGCUCAGAGAACGGAGAAGGAAGAGACCGAGUUCAAAGUUCUCGAAACCUUGACGACAACAACAACGACGUUAUGUACCAAUAACUGCGGCGUUACAGCGAAUCCUGCGACGAACAACAUGUGUCAGAAAUGUUUCAACGCAUCUCUCGUCUCGGCGGCCGCAGGUGUUGUUGAAUCAGGUUCGAUCUUGAAGAGAUCGGCUAGAUCUGUCAAUCUUCGUUCGUCACCAGCUAAAGUCGUGAUUCGUCCAAGAGAGAUCGAUGCGGUGAAGAAGAGAGAUCAACAGAUCGUAAACCGAUGUUCUGGUUGUCGGAAGAAAGUUGGGUUGACCGGAUUCAGGUGCCGAUGCGGUGAGCUUUUCUGCUCAGAGCACCGUUACUCCGAUCGUCAUGAUUGUAGCUACGACUACAAAACCGCUGGUCGUGAGGCGAUCGCUAGAGAAAAUCCGGUGGUCAAGGCUGCGAAAAUGGUCAAAGUUUAAAAAAUUAAAAAUUCGAUCUCAACCGUUGAAAAACUUGUGGUGGUUCAAAAGCUCCGAUCGGAAGAGAGAUUGGUCGGAGAGACAUGGAUUUGAUUUGGUGAUGUGUUGUAAAAGAAGAUCAGAGAGAUUAUUCCUCUCCUCAAAUCAAAAUCUGAACCUCAAUUUUUUUUUUUACGUUUUUUUUUCAUCUUUUAAUUUAUAUAUUAGUGAAUGAUUAUUAAUAUUAUUAUUGUGUGGCUUACGGAUUCAUGAAUUUGCUUCUUGAUCAUCGAGAAAUGGUGUAUGUAAGAGACGAAGGGGUUGUUUGGUAAUUUAGGAACAUGUCUUUCUGGUUUCGUUUCGUUUCGUGUGGUAGAUGUACUUAUCACGAUACUACUAGUCCAUUGUGCGUCAC